UUUCUUCAAUUUCUUCUAUGUCUUCAUCGUCUUCGUCCGAGUGGUAUUCAUCAUCUUCGGAAGAGGAUGCUAUUAUGCACAACAUGAUUAUGAACGCGGCUCAGGUGUUCAUGGCGGCCGAUGAAGGGUCGUCCCAACGGCUAACUAGACGAGCAAAAUAUAACCGAGACCAAGAAGCCGGCCACGAUAAACUAGUAGCCGAUUAUUUUGCCGACGAACCCGUGUACCCAGCCGAGAUUUUUCGACGUCGUUUCCGCAUGAGUCGUCCACUGUUCUUACGUAUUGCAGGCGACAUGGCGCUGUCUAAUCCGUUUUUUACAUUGCGAAACGAUGCUAGGGGGCAAAGGGGUUUCAGUAAUUUACAAAAAUGUACGUCGGCCAUUCGCCAACUUGCAUACGGUUUCGCACCCGAUGCAUUAGACGAGUACAUUCGGAUGUCUGAAAGAACCGCACGUCGAUGGUAUACUCAUACUAGAGAUGGGCAUAAAAACCGGUUCCUACCUGAUUCCAGUGGACCCGACCCGUACCCGGUUCCGGUUCCUACCCGGCUAAUAGUAGAACCGGUUCCGGGUUCAAAAAACCCGUAG